GGGCAGGAGGCGGGCAUGGGCGGCGGCGGCAGCAAGGCACCAUUCAGCAACACCAACACAGAUGCCGCGUCGCCGGAAAAGCUCCCGCCGCUGGAAAGGCUGCCGCCAGCGAGGUACGGGAAGCACAUCACGAUGCUGAGCAUCGACGGUGGCGGGAUACGCGGCCUGAUCCCGUUGGUCAUUCUCGAAUCCCUCGAGAAAAAGCUCCAAGACUUGGAUGGGAAGCAAGCCCGGAUAGCGGACUACUUCGAUGUGAUCGCGGGCACCAGCACGGGCGGGCUCAUCGCCGCCAUGUUGGCGGCGCCGGACGAGGAGAGGAAGCGGCCAAGGUUCAGGGUCCAGGAGAUCACCAGUUUCUAUAAAGAUCACGGGCAUAACAUCUUCAAGAGGGACGGGCUGCUGGGUCUACUGUACCGAGCUAUACCCUUGAUGCCCGUUCUGAUGGGGCCCAAGUACGACGGCGUGUACCUGCGCGACAGGAUCGAGGAGAAAAUGAAGGGCCUCACCAUGGGCGACACCCGCACCAACAUCGUGGUGCCGGCGUUCAACGUCAGAUCGAUGAUGCCUGUCGUCUUCUCCUCGUUCGGUCCCAGGCGAGGACCAUGGUCCAGACUGGCGGACAUCUGCAUCGCCACGUCGGCCGCGCCGACCUACUUCCCAGCGCACAACUUCCCGAUACGUUCUUCCACCACCAACGGCAGCCAGUACCACCACGACCUCGUCGACGGCGGCCUGGCCGCCAACAACCCCACCAUGAUUGCCAUGGCGAUGGUCGCGCAACAGAUAAAUCACUACAGGAAUCGCUACUUCCCGCCCCGGCUGGACUACGACAAGCUCAUCGUCGUCUCCCUCGGGACCACGUAUGCCAAGGAGAUAGAUAGCUACACCGCGGGGGAUGUUGCCCAGUGGGGCGCCCUCCGGUGGGUCAGAGACGGGCCCCGCCGCACCCCGCUCUUCGACAUGUUGUCCUGCGCCAAUGACUACCUGGUCAACGUCAACAUCGCCUUCCUUUUCCAUAGUAAAAAAUUCCAGAACAACUACCUCCGCAUCCAGGAUGUCACUCUGGCCAAGCGUAAGGACAAUGUGUUAUCCUUCGCCGACAAAUACAUCCGCAUCAAGUCUGUUGUGCCUCUGGAUAAGGAUAGAUUUCUGAUGAAGACGCCCAUGAAGCCAAUGGACGACGCGAGUGAGAAGAAUAUAGAAAAUCUUGUGAAGGUCGGCCAAAAGCUGCUGCAGAUGCCAGUGGCUGAGACGGACAUCGCCUCGGGGUACUACCAUUACCGCAGGAAGCUCCCAGUCAGAGGUACUAGGCAAAAGCUCCCCACAAAUGGGCAAGAGCUGCACCGCUUCGCCAAGAUGCUUUCCAAGGAGCGCAAGCUGCGCCUUAAGAAUCAAAGAGAGGGGAGAACAAGCUCUUAAUUAGCCAGUUUCAUAUUCAUAUUGCACUGUUUCAACAGAGCAGUGGCCGUCUAUGCAUUUUUAAAAUAUUCUUUCCUUUUUUUAUAAUAUGCCCAGCCCAGCUCAGCUCCAAAACGAACAAAUAAAUGCAUUACUCGCAGGAGGUAUCUCUACUAUUAAAACUACACCCAUCCAGUUUA